AUGCACUCGUCGAUCGUGUUUGCUCUGGCUUUUGUUGCGGCGCUGGCGACUGCCGCCUCCCCCGAGGCGCCAGCGCCGAACGCGAACGAAUCGCCGGCGGUGGAUUCAAAGGACGGCAAGGAAUGGCUGGGAUGGUACCGUCCAUUGUACCGCCCCGUGUUUGCCGUUCCCGUACUACCAAUCGUGCCUGUGUAUCGUCCUGUGGUUGUGGUCGGGCGUCCCCAUCUUCGUCGAUGGGAAAGAGCUGCUGAAGACAAUACCAAGUCAAACGGGGAAUGGGCGGCUGCCCGUGUCGGACCCCGUGGGGGUGCUGUGGUGGUGGCUGGUCGCCCUCGUCGUUACUGGGAAGACAAACAACCCAGCGCGACCCCUUGA